AUGUGCAUAUAUACUAGAUUACUAACCCUAGUCUCCAAUAAGAGAACUAAGGGGGAAAAUAAGAAAACAAGUGAUUCCAAUAUGUGCAAGAGACUCUUCCAACAUACCCACUUAACUAAUGUAUCACAAGCCUAUUUCUUGUGUGAAAUGCUUGUACUUCUCAUAUGUAAGUAA